CCUCUCUCCUCCCCGCGCAAUGGCGGCGACUCCGGCGAGGGGCGGCGGCGGCGCGUACUCCUGCGAGACGGCGGCGCGGACCCGCGAGUGGAUGGAGGCCCUCGCCGCCUUCCUCGGCCGCCACCGCCCGCUGCUUGAGGCCCACGUCGUCAACUUCUUCAAGGACAGGAUGUGGGAGCUGGUGGACGCCGAGUGGAUGGACUGCCUCCGGCGGGAGCCCGUGGAGAGCUUGCUCAAGCUGCCAUCUGGAUGCGUCCAGGAGCACUGGCCCACUACGCUGCGAGAGUUUGUGCUUACUGCUAGGUCGCUUGUUAUUCCACGGGAGCAGAAGGCUCCGCAGUCGCUUGCACCUGAUAUUCAUGUAGCUCCAGUUGGCACUGUUCUCGCUCAAGGCAUGAACUCAAAGAAGAAGCACGAAAUUGAAAAUCUAGCUGCGGUGGUUCAUGCGAUUGCUAAGAGUUGUGGUGCGAAGACAGUGGUUGAUGUAGGUUCUGGCCAGGGCUAUCUUGCACAAGCUUUAUCUUUUGAGUACCAACUCCCUGUUGUAGCAAUAGAUGCUUCGUCACAUCAUGCAUCAGUUACAGUUGCUCGUGCAGAGAGAAUAAAGAAGCACUAUGCUGCUAAAUGUGUGGAGAAGCAAUUUCUCAAAGUACCUAGGACUGUCACCUGUCAUGUUCUUUCUAGUGACACAUUGGCAGCUGUCACGUUGGAUGCAUGUAAGGAUGACCAUGGUGAACAUUUAAGAGAAACUAAGGCCUGUACUGAGAAAAGCCCUCAAAUCCAGGAACCAACUCAGAGCAGCCCACCAUUAAUCCUUGCUGGUCUUCAUGCUUGUGGUGAUCUUUCUGUUAACAUGCUAAGAGUUUUUGUGUCCUGCGAACAAGUAAAAGCAUUGGUAAGCGUUGGCUGCUGUUACAACUUGCUUUCUGAGGAUUCUUAUGAGGGCACGAACACCUGUCCUGGUUUUCCUAUGAGCAAAGCUGCCAAACUAUCUGAACUAGUGCUUGGGAAAAGCAUCCGUGAUCUUGCUUGUCAGAGUGCAGAGAGAUGGAGAAGUCUCACCAUGGACAUUGCGCUGCAAAAUUUUGAUGUACAUGCCUUCCGAGCUGCAUUUCAAAUGGUACUUGAGAAAUAUUUUCCAGAAGUGUCAAGGUUGAGUCCAUCAAUUGGAAGGCAAGGAAAAGCUCUUCGGCGUCAGAGGCUUCGGAAAGUUGUGGAAUCACAAAUGGCUACAGAGAAAAUUGAUGAUUUCUCCUGUUCAACUUUAAAGGAACAAAACACAAACACAGAUGAUGUUGAUUCAGUCAUAUAUGGAGUUGACACAGGACCAGAUGACAUCCAUCAUGAUGAAUGUCGAAAGUUUUCCCUUUUCAAAGAUUUUACACUAUCAGGAUUAGGUCGCCUUGGCUGUGGUUCAGUGGAAGACACGAGUCUGCUUGAAAUAUGGAAGGAUGUGCAACCCUUCUCUGAAUAUAUAGGUCCCUUUUGGUGCCUUCGGGCUGCUUUAGGUCCACUGGUUGAAACAUAUAUUUUACUUGAUCGGUUAUUAUUUCUUCAAGAGCAAAGCAACCUAGUCGAAGCAUUGUUGUUUCCUCUAUUUGAUCCUACUAUGUCUCCAAGGAACAUGGCCAUAAUUGCUUGGAAGUUAUCUGCAAAUUCUUCAGAAGCAUGAGAUGGUAAAUCUUCUGAUGCCGGAAUAUGUAGGUUGAUGAGAUGUUGUGUUGGUACAAAAGUAUAACAGACAGAUUCUUGUGGCAGAACUUGUUCGUUCAUUAUAUAUUUAGAUACAAUAUUGUAUUUGUUGUCUUGGCGUAUAAAACAAACACUGAAGAUAGUCUUAGCUUUGAAAUUAUGAUAGCAAUGGAUUAUGAGACUGUCUAUAUAUACUCGAGUUGCUUC